AGCCACGUCGCUUUCCAUGCCGACUGUAUCCUCUCCGGCUCGGACCUCGCCGCCAUCGUCUCCCUCGGAGACCACCAUUGCAUCCCACGGCACGAGUUCUUCUAUUCAUGCAGAAUCCACCCCAGCUGAAGGAAGCACCACCUCUUCGCUCCAUUCGGCACACUCAAGCACUGCAGUCCCAGAAACCAUGUCCUCCUCAGAGUCGGUGGCCUCUAUUGUCACCACGACUGCUGCUAUUGGCAUGACUGAGCUAACCUCCGCCCAGGAACAAACCAGUCCCUCCCUCGCCCCCUCUUCUGCCAUGCAGCCGAAAGGAACCUCACGGCAGGAGACAACAACUCAACCCCCGCCUUCUGGCUCUUCCACAACGAAACCGGAGACUGUAUCCUCUCCGGCUCAGACCUUGCCGCCAUCGUCUCCCUCGGAGACCACCAUUGCAUCCCACGGCACGAGUUCUAUUCAUGCAGAGUCCACCCCAACUGAAGGAAGCACCACCUCUUCGCUCCAUUCGGCACACUCAAGCACUGCAGUCCCAGAAACCAUGUCCUCCGCAGAGUCGGUGGCCUCUAUUGUCACCACGACCGCUGCUGUUGGCAUGACUGAGCUAACCUCCGCCCAGGAACAAACCAGUCCCUCCCUCGCCCCCUCUUCUGCCAUGCAGCCGAAAGGAACCUCACGGCAGGAGAGAAGAACUCAACCCCCGCCUUCUGGCUCUUCCACAACGAAACCGGAGGUGAGCUCUGCCCGAAACACCACCGUUUCUACGCCAACUUUUUCCCCUUCCACUGACCACUCUUCCAUUGCCCUUACCGAGGAAACCACCGUCUCCUUCCGGUCUGCCAGUCCUCCAGCCGGGGUCGAAUCAACAGCAGCUGAGGGGACCAGCCCUUCCCUCUCUUCGGCAACGUCUCCUACGGCAGCUCAGCUGAGAACCUCGACUAUUGAGGUGACCGGAUCCAUCCCGAUGAGGCCGCAUUCCACUAUGGAGACUGGCUUCACGUCUCUUGAAAAUCAAACCACGCCAACCUUCAGCAAGGCAGCCGAAAGGAACCUCACGGCAGGAGACAACAACUCAACCCCCGCCUUCUGGCUCUUCCACAACGAAACCGGAGCCGAAAGGAACCUCACGGCAGGAGACAACUCAACCCCCGCUUUCUGGCUCUUCCACAACGAAACCGGAGCCGAAAGGAACCUCACGGCAGGAGACAACAACUCAACCCCCGCCUUCUGGCUCUUCCACAACAAAACCGGAGCUACGGCUACUCAGCUGAGAACCUCGACUAUUGAGGUGACCGGAUCCACCCCGAUGAGGCCGCAUUCCACUGUGGAGACUGGCUUCACGUCUCUUGAAAAUCAAACUACGCAAACCUUCAGCAAAGUUUCUCCCACGAAGGCUGAGCUGACCUCAGCAGAAGUGACCAAAACAGCUUCACCAGAAUCCGAGUCUCCCCUGGCCACGUUUCUUUCCAUGCAGACUGUAUCCUCUCCGGCUCGGACCUCGCCGCCAUCGUCUCCCUCGGAGACCACCAUUGCAUCCCAUGGCACGAGUUCUUCUAUUCAUGCAGAGUCCACCCCAACUGAAGGAAGCACCACCUCUUCGCUCCAUUCGGCACACUCAAGCACUGCAGUCCCAGAAACCAUGUCCUCCGCAGAGUCGGUAGCCUCUAUUGUCACCACGAACGCUGCUGUUGCCGAAAGGAACCUCACGGCAGGAGACAACAACUCAACGCCCGCCAUCUGGCUCUUCCACAACGAAACCGGAGGUGAGCUCUGCCCGAGGCACCACCGUUUCUACGCCAACUUUUUCCCCUUCCACUGA